GCUGAGGAAAGGAGGAGUUUUGCUUCUGUGGUCGUGCUCUUAGGAGAGCGAGCCUAUCGUAUUUCACUCUAAUCCUAAGCGAUAGCCACGCAGUCUGUUUUAUUGUUAAGAGAGCCUUCCUGGAGCUCCUUCACCAGGCUUUUCUCACUAAGGAAGAGCAGGGCAGCCAGAACGAGGAGGCAGAAGUGUGGCCAGUCCAUUGUCCCUCCUGAGCCAUGCCAUGCCGGGGUGUGAUCUCUGCCUGCUCUUCUCUCCCCGUGGGGUGUUUUUGGUGAGCCAGAAGAGAGGACUGAAACGCAUGCAGGCUCCUGGGGAGCGAUGCCAGGGUGAAGAGUGGAGCUACAGUUUUUGCUGUUGAGUGGAGAAUGGGGAAAACACGUGCCUUAGUGCUAUAUUCUGCUCAGCCGUUACAUGCUUCUCUGAGCUGCUGCUGCAAGGUGCCACUUUCUGCUGCUUUUCUCCCCUUUGUUUUCUUUGGCAGCUCCCUAAGUGCUGUAUCAAAACAGCUUCAGGGGAGCUGUGCUGGCACGGUGACCUACCUCCAUGCUGGUGCUGGUUUAAAUGCAGCGAGAAGAAACCUGGACGGAAAUCGGAUUGAAAUUGUUUAGCCUCCCACGAAAACCACUGAGAAAGGGGAUAGGAACAAUUUCAGAAAGGUCUGUUUGGAACUGAGGCCAGUAGCUGGCUCGAAAGAAAAUGAAAAAGGAGUGUGUUUCGAGACCUUUCAAACUCAAACAAAACCCAGGCUCCCUCUCGCGUGCUGUAAGCUGGAUAAAUUUCUCCUCCUUGUCAAGGCAGACAAAGAGACUGUUUCGCAGCGAUGGUGAACUCUCCUCCAUGUGCGUGCAGCAGGUAGACGAGGAUGAUGAGAACUGGAUCUACAGGAGCCAGCAGAGAAAAGCUGUUUCCAACCUAGAUGAAGAGAGUAGAUGGACUGUGCACUACACUGCUCCAUGGCACCAGCAGGAAAAUGUCUUCCUGCCCUCCUCAAGACCCCCUUGUGUGGAGGACCUCCACCGACAAGCCAAGCUGAACCUCAAAUCAGUGCUGAGAGAGUGUGAUAAGCUGCGGCGGGAUGGCUACCGGAGCUCGCAGUAUUACUCUCAGGGCCCCACCUUCUCCUCGUCCUCCAGUGCAAUCUGUGGAAGUUACCAGGAUGAUUAUGAAGAAAUUGAACAAAAGUGUCCCGUCUCUUCCCCAGAAGAAGAAAAACUUAUUACCAUCAAAAGGCCUAAAACUCCAGUUUCAGAUGACUUAUCAGAUAUCAACACCCAAACCAACUGGACUAAGUCACUCCCGCUGCCAACGCCAGAAGAGAAAAUGCGACAACAAGCACAGGCAGUCCAAACAGAUGUGGUUCCUAUUAAUGUGACUGGGGAGAAUUUCGACCGCCAAGCCAGCAUUCGGCGGUCUCUAAUUUACACAGACACGGUGGUAAGACGGCCGAAGAAAGUCAAAAGGAGAAAGACUAUUACAGGAAUCCCUGACAACAUACAAAAGGAGCUAGCAGUUGGCGCUGGCCAAAGUGAUUUCCGAGGGCAUUCGAUGUAUGUCCCAGAUCACUGUUCCACGCUAGGGAGACUAGACAGCUACCGCUCUGCUAUGCAGCGCUCUGAAACCAAGGACACCAGCUGCCAGACGGAGGAAGUUAAAGUUGUGCCCCCUUCAAUGAGAAGAAUACGAGCGCAGAAAGGACAAGGCAUUGCAGCCCAGAUGUCUCAGUUCUCCAGCUCAUCUGGAAACAUGUCAGUGAUGAGUGAUUCUGCUGCAGUUAUAUUUGCUUCUCGCCAAAAUAGUGACAUAGGUUUUCACAGCUUGCCUCGGGCUGGUGCAAGAGUGUCUCUGCAGUCCCUAGAGCAGACACAGAGCAUCCCUAGGCAGACAGAAGACAUCGCUGGCUCUUUACCCCACCAGAUAAGUAAAUUGCAAGCGGAUGAUGGUGUUGUGCAUCUGAGGAAUAAUUCCACAACAGGGACCCUGUCGAGGCCGAGGUCUCAAGAGGUGAGAAGCUACGAUAGCGAAAAGUCCGCAAGCCCAGCUUGUGUGGUCUCUCCUCAUGCCACCUACUCAACAAGCAUCAUACCCAAUGCAACACUCUCAUCCUCUUCAGAAGUUAUUGUUAUUCAUGCUGCCCAGAGUGUUGGAUCAUUGGAUAGUAAAAUUACCAACUCCACUGCCUACCCAAAGCCAAGAGACAAUCCUGUUGCCAGCAGUGCAGUAAGCGGAAAAGAAGAUCACCAUUCUUCAAGCGGUAACUGGAGUGAGAGUAGCUCCACACGUCAUUCUCAGACAUCAGAUACCAUCCCAUCUAAUGCUGUCAUGAUGCUUUCUCUUGGUGACUCUGCUGUCUCUCUUAGCACUCCUGGAAAUGCAGAGGCUGGGUCUCAGGGCAUGGGCUACAGCUGUAGGAACAAUCUCGCUCUACCAAGUCCUUCCCAGGACAGCGACGGUCGGAGCGAUUCCAGCUGUUCAGGGGAGCGAGCACAAGCGGCAGUGAACAGCACAGAGCAUUGGCUGUACAAGUCUGCAGAAAACAGUGAGACUCCUUCACACAAGGUGGUUUGUACCACACCAGGCUGUGCCACUCCCAGGAGCAACCUGAGCAGCAGCAGCCUGGAGAGGACUUCGGUCAGGGAUGAUUCUACUUCUCUGUAUUCUGUGGACCAUGAUGGUUAUUACGGUUCUGUGCACAUGGACUCUGGACUGAAGUCAGACAUGUCUUGCGAUAGUUCUAAUGGUUUUGGGAACUCCAGAGACAGCGUGAUAAAUGUCUUUGAAGGAAAGGAGAAGAAACAUCAGGAUGACCAGUCAGGCCAAGGUGAAAAAUCCCUUGUAAGAAACAUCUCUCUGAAAAAGGCAAAGAAGCCGCCUUUGCCGCCAUCCAGAACAGACUCACUCAGGAGGAUGCCCAAGAAAAAAGCCCAGUCGAAUGGACAGGUACUUGAUGAAACCCUCAUUGCCACCCUCCAGCAUUCCCUGCAGUUGAAUCUCCAAUGCAAAAAUGGCAGCUCCCCUUCCCAGAGCCCCUGCAGUGAUUAUGAGGAUCCCUGGGUGUUGCGUUCCCGCAGCCAAAGCUCAAUCAGCGCAAGCAGCAGUAUGAUGUCCACCACUGCUCCAAACCUUUACUCCAUCUGCACGGUCACUCCCUCUCAGAGUGAAACAAGUAGCAUCAAGUCGGAGUAUGCAGACCAGUGGGGUUACUACAGUGACUAUGCAGCAGUGGCAGAUGACCAGGUAAAAUCCCCAGUGACCCAUUCUGCCAGCACAUCAUCUGCUCUCAGCGAUUACAGCAUCAGCCACUUCAGUGAUGGCUCAAGGGCUUCUGUGCCACAAGUGCCCAGUGGACUGGCCAAACCAAAGAGCACUUCUCCGGAGAAAUCCCACCGAGUCACAUCGCCAUCGAGUGGGUACUCCAGCCAGUCCAAUACUCCCACUGCACUUACUCCAGUGCCUGUCAUUUUAAAAUCUGCAUCAUCAGGAAAUGGGAAAUCCAAGCUGAAGCCUAAAGUGCCUGAAAGGAAAUCCUCUCUUCUGUCUUCGCUCUCCAUGUCUUCCUCCUCCACUUCUCUUUCUUCAAAUACAUCUACUGAAGGGAGCGUGAGUGUGAAGAAACUGGAGCCCGCCCUGAGCUCUGCUCCGGAUCCUGGUGCUCCCCCUCCGCCACCUCUUCUGCCAGCACCUCCUCCACAUUGCCCUGAAGUUUCUCCUCCACCUCCUCCUCCUCCAUCAGAAGUCAUGGAUCUGUCACCACUGCCAGCCUCUCCCACCUUCCCCCCUCCGCCGCCGGAAGCUGAUGUAAGUUCUUCCUUUGCCCAGACUGUCCCAUGGUUUCCACAAGGAGCCUCCAUCAGUUCGUUCUCUUCCCCUGGUCCUCCUCCUUCCACUUUCCCUUUAGCUGUCCCGCCACCAGCACCACCUCUUGAUCCCAAACUAACAAAAGGUGCAACAAUAUACCAACAGUAUUCUUUUAAGAAACGUAACCAGGAAGAUUCUUGCUACAGUCCAGUGAAACAGCCACUCAACAAGCAAGAUGCAUCGAGACCUGUGAUGCCGUUAGUAACUACCAAAGCAUUGCAAAUGGUGCAGCUGAGGUCUGUGAAAAAAGCGACAGAAGGUGAACCGUCACCUGAAUCUGCUUCUGAAACCGCCUCUCAGGAAAAGGGUACUGUAAAUUCAUCAUCUCAGUCUUCCCUAAAGCCAUGUCUCUCACUGAGACUCAGCAGCAGCUUAGGCGAAGAGGAAAUGAAAACUCAAGGCACUUCAUUUAAAAACUCAAUUCAAACACUGGCUCGGGGUUCUCCUAUCGUUCUCUCCGAUAAUGUACCUGCACUUGACAGCGAUCAAAAGCCUGCAAGUGCAAUGGCUCUGAACAAGUCUUUUGAAGCUGAUGCACUGGGGACAACUGGUGAAGACACACCUGAGCCUCCAGUGCAGAGUGAAGACCUCCAUUCUGGCAUGUCACUUCAGGGGUCACCAGCAUCUUCCGACAAGACUCAGGUCAUAUUGCCAAGCAAGAAACCACCUCCUAUUUCAAAGAAACCCAAACUGUUCCUUGUUGUACCACCUCCACAGUUGGAUCUUACAGUGGAGAAAAUAGCUGAAGUGAGUGAUACUGUCAGAAGCACAUCAAGCCCAACUAAGAGAGACGCUGUGCUUGCACACUGCGAGGAGGCGAGAAAUUGUCUUACAGAUGGACUCAGUUCUAGCGAGAUGGACUCUGGCAGCCUGGUUCCUGAGGGAGGAGCUGCCGGAUUCACCUUCUCGGAGACAGUGGGAGCUAAUGCCUUUGUGGUACAGCCUGCUGCAUCACCAGUUCAAGAAGAACCCAGGCAGGAGGAGCAGUCUGCUUUUGAUGAAGGAAGCAGUUCGGGCAGCAGCCAAGACAGCAGCAGUAACACCGACGGGCACCUAUCUCAAGAGAACGAAAGUGUGGAGGUGUUUGAAUCGGAUACAGCACAUAGUUCAUUCCUGCCAAGCAGUGGUUAUGGGGACGAGACGGACGGAGUGGCAACACCAGCGAGACCGAGGACUACCGAAGAUCUUUUUGCAGCCAUUCACAGUUUGGGACAGAGGCUCAACGCUAAUGCUUCAUGGCAAGCGUGGCUGAAACUGAUCCAAAAGGAAAGUCCUUGGCCGUAAAGACUCAGAAGACGACCGUACCCGCAACCAUUCUCCGUCGCCCCCCGUAACUCCCACUGGUGCUUCCCCAACCUUAACUACCCUCAAACAAGCCGGAUCUAUUCAGAGGAGCGUUCGCAAGAGCAGCACCAGCAACGACAACUUCAAAGCCCUGCUGCUGAAGAAGGGGAGCCGCUGCGACACCAGCUCCCGCAUGUCCGCAGCAGAGAUGUUGAAGAACACGGACCCGCGGUUCCACCGGACAAAGACGGAUGCGUCCCCGGACGUUUCCGACAGCCCUGCCAGCUGCUCACCCAGCAAGAGCAAACGGGCCCAGGAAGAGUGGGCCAAGAGCGAGGGCCUGAUGCCAAGGAGCAUGUCCUUCUCUGGCACUAGGUACGGCCGGUCCCGGACACCCCCCUCUGCUGCCAGCAGCAAGUACAAUGUCCGCAACCGCAUCCAGAGCAGCCCCAUGACCGUCAUUAGUGAAGGAGAUGGGGAGGUGGUGGAACAGUCAGAGGGCAGGGGCCGAAGGACUUUGGAAGAGCAGCAAGAGAGACAGCUUGAUAUGUUUAACAGUGAUGAAAUGGACGCGAAUGACUUUCCGUUUGCUGAGGAGGCAGGCUGCAAGGAGACCUUGGAUCCAACCCAUCUAGACUUACUGACUCAACCAGGUACUUCAAGGAAGUAUCGAAGCCCUUCAGCUGAAUGAAAGUUGUAAGACAGUGACAAAAGGCACUGGAUAUUAGUCUAGAAAGUGACAGAGGACUAGAUUCCAGAAGAAAGCCCAGACCAGGACAAGUUUACUUUGCUGAGCAUUUAUUCCAUGAACUGCAUGUGUGUGUUUAAAUGCUAAAGCAAUGAUAGUUCUGCAUGGUUGGGUUGGGGUGGGGAGGACUUGGUUUGAAUGAGUGGUCUGUGGCUUAAAGAAAGUUAACAGUUGAAUUUUGUUUUUUUUGUGUAAAGCCUUAGAAGUCCUCUUGUGGGGGGGAGUUUUCUCAGAGCCUGUAGGGGUGUGAAGUUUUUCUUUUUCUUGACUGUAAUUGCGCAAGCAACAUUUAGGAAUAAGCCUGAAAAAGAGGAAUGGGAAGGCUCCUGUGGUACAAGCUGGACGCUUGCUUCAAAAGCAUUGCAGUGGUGCAGCGUAGUGCGUUCGUUAAGCAGGGAGAGGCACGAUGAGGCCCAUUCACCUAUGAGAAGGUUGUAAGGUUGGUGCUGGGGUUACAUGGCUUGUGCCCCAGUGUUCAGUGGAGCGUGUCCUGCUAAAGCAGUUAGGGCACCAGGUUAUGAAUUGGUCCAGGGUACUUCUAUUUUUGGUUUUUCCUGAGGGAAAAUGAAAUACGUAGUUAACGUGGAAGAGGGAGCUGAGUGUUAUAACACACCACUAGCUGCUGUGCAGCCACACACGCACGCUUGGAGAAACACUCAUUUCCAAGUGAAUUGCUUCCUUGACUGGAGUAUUCCCUUAGAGAACUGCAACAACUGGAUGUGUGCGGAGGAUGCGAGCAGACAGCAGAAAAGUGGGAGAGGAAUUAAGCGGUGUACUGCCAGAGUUUGGAAGGGUGACGUUUCUGAAUUAGAAAGCAAAAUUUGACUUUGAGAACUUGCACUACAGAGCUGCAGGUGGAGCCUGUCUUUCAGAACUGAAACGGGAGUUGUGUUUUGCCAGAAGCCUGUCUUCCAUUUGUCAAAAUGGGAAGAUUAUUACUUUUCAUCACUUGAAAUACAGAUACUUGCUAACUUUUGGUUACCAAAGAAUAAGUUACAGUUACUUUCCUUUUUGAUUUGCCUGCAGUAUUUCUCUUCUUUUUAACCUUAAUAAUUUAGUGAGGUUCAGUUUUAUUGUACAUUUUACAGAUAAUAAAAACACUUAACGGUUUUCCAAUUGUAAAGAUGACCAUUAAUUAAAACUGAAAUAUUGGCUGGAGUUUUUGGUUCUUAGUAGCAAUGAAGCUUUUAAUUUUUGAGGAGGAUUUUGCAUCAUUUGAUGGAGUGCGCAGUUUUUGUAUUGUUUGUAAAUACUGAAAGUUGUUAAAAUAUCUUUUGAUCUCCCUACCGUAGAAUUUAUACAUUUUUAGAUUGCUUUUAAGAAGAAAAAGCACUCUUUGUAGAUUAUUUAUUUUAGAGAAAUAUGCUUGUAAUCUCUUUCUUCAAUCCUUUUACUUGUUAGUAAUGUAAAUUUCAGGGGCCUUUGUUUAACUCUUCCCUUCCCAAGAGGGGAAUAGUGAUGAAAAUGCUGUGACUUUGCUUCAAUAAAGAAAAAGGCUGCCAGUUGCCAUAUUGUCUUUUGAGUUGAUUAAAAUCUCCUUCAAAAGAUGUGUCCCACAGCAUAUGGCAACCCACCGAACGCCAUAAACCAUGCAUCCAGCUACUAACCUCCGGUUCUCAUAUCGCAAAAUGUACUAAUUCACUUCAGAGACCACUAAAGCCUACUUACCUAUCCAUCAUCCCGUUCUGGCAGCUCAGUGCUGAGACUAAAAAACUGAAAUAGUCCUAAACUUCUGACAGUAUCAUUUGUGAGAGUUUCUACUACUUCCCUCUUACUUGCAACCUGUCCCAGGAAACUAAAAUUCUUGGAGAACCAGAUUAUAAGCAGAGUGUAUGAGAAGUGAAAUGGAGAAGGUGAAUCCAGCUGCACGCACUGGAACAUGAGCGGGAUUAACCGGUGCACAGCAAACUUUCUACCAUGUUUGCAUGCUAAAUAUGUUUAAAGAACCACUGGAUUUUUUAAUUACAUGAAAACCUAAUUGGAUAGAUUGUUUCAAGUAUUAUUAAUAUUGAUCUGAACUACAUGCUGCUGCAAAGAGAUAGUGCAAAACAUUCUGCGGCUGCUAAAUGUCUCGUGAUCGUUGCUUUGGUGUUUCUCCCAGAGCUGACCACAUGGAACUUAGAGCGCUGUGUCCUUUUCACAGCAGGUACCGCCCCUUUCAGAGCUAUGUGGAACUGCUAGCUAGUCCUCAUGCCACCGUCCCAGGAAAAUGCUCAGGCUUUGUUCUAGUGUUUACAAAUGGGGAAAUCAUCUAAGUGAAAAACGGCAGCAUUGGAGAAAAUUAUAGUGUCUGCAGCUCGCGCAGGACUUGGCAGCGUUUUGCAUGAAGUGCCAGCGGGAGGGAGCGAGCCUGGCCAGCUUGUUUCCCUCACGCUGGCCAGCUGAUGCUGCCGGGCAUUGCUGCAGACUGUAUGGGGAACAAUUUGGGAAGUCCCAGCUCACAUGCAGGGCAUCUUGUCAAGGCAGGUAGGUGACAUUUAACUUGAGUGCUGCAUGACUGGAUUUCUCCUCUGGCAACAGGUAGCCUUGAUGCUCAUCUAAAACCUGCGUCUGGUGUGAGGUGAGUUUGGGUUGAGGCUCAGGUUUUGGCUGAAGGCAGUGCUUGUGUAGCCCUACUGAUGAUGCUGCAUGACUACAUUUUACACAGUAUAAACUAUAGUGAAAUACAUUAAAUGUGCUGAAACAUGUUUAACAGUGCUUGUAACGAUACUUAUUUAGGCAACUGAGGAAACUUUCUUAUGGAGAUACCACUGUGUCAUCUCCCCCCUGCCAUCAUCAUCCUCUGUAGCAGCAUGCAAAAUUGGUUAGUAGCUCAGUUUUUUCAGCAAUACACUGCUUAGCCCAAGUUUCCACUACAAAACCUUAAGAGCACGACAGCUUUAGGCUGUGUUUUCUGUACUGGCAACAACUUUGGUGUGUAUGUAAUUAUGCUAAGGAAAACAUUCCUAAUUUUCUGUCAUGCAUCCAACUUCAAAGCUACUUUCUUCCAUUAUAAGCUUCCUUCAUAGGGAGGUUUUGCAGUUGUGGCUUUAUUGGUCAACAAGUAUAGAUGAAGUUUAGCAAACCUCCGCUAAAGACAUCCAGAGCAGUAGGAGAAGAUGAAAAAUACACACACUUUGGGCACGCUGAAGAGAAAAAGGAGACUUGUCAUCCUGAUGCUUAGUGAAUCUUACUGUCACUUAGAGGGCUUGUUCAGAGUUUACAGUUGGUUUGUGGCUUGCCUCUGAACCAGAAUUCAUUAUUGAAGCUAGAUGUGAGAUUAAUCUCUGAUUUUCCUUUUAUUGGGAAUGGUUUUCAGCAUCAGUCUUUUCCUAAAUCCCGUUCUGUAUUAACUCAUUCUGUGCUUCCUUUGUUGAUGUUCAAAGUUCCUUCUUUCUGCUGUCAGAUGCAGGCAGCCCUGACCUCCCUUAGAAUUAGAGCCCCUCAGUUAUUAAAUGCGUACAUGAGGCUCUGUGGCAUUUACAUGCCUUCACAGUUUAUAUACUGGAGAGAGGAGAAUUAUUAUCUUAAUUUAAAUGAAAGAUGGUUAUGUAAGGAGCAAUAGCUUGGUGAGAGGAGGUUUGGAAAGUUACUGGAAAUAAAAGAAUUGGGAAAGGAGACUUGAUGAAGGCGGAAUUUUGAGGAACCAGGAUUAGAUGCUGGUUCAUGCAUAAGGCUUGGCCUGAAAGAAGGCACAGACUAAUGGCAGAAAGGGUGAAGCAGGAAGAUUACUGAGAAGAAAAGUACGGUGAAUGCAUAGAACAACACUAAGGUAUGAGGUGGGUAGGAUAUGCAGACUCUUGAAGACAAUGAACCUUCAUUAAGUACAGAAGAGAUAAAAAGGCCAAGGAACAACAGGACAGUCACAACAAGGGGUAAGAAAAAGCUAGCCAAUGUGUUUUUUCACAAUUCAAAGGGAAUAGAAGGCCAAAGUCAGUCAAACAUGGGAAAAAAUGUUUUAGUAAGAGGAAAAAGAGCAAAACCGUGUGAGCUUAGAGCAGCAGUAAUGGGCUGAAGUGAGGAAUGCUCUGGGAGAGCCCAGGCAACACCGGGCAGGUGGCUACAAGCGCGAGCACAGCUCUGGGAAGGGUUCUGCACAGAAAAGCUGUGCCUGAAAUCUGGAAAGAAUAUGGGAUCAGGAAGAUUAAAGCUCAGGUUCAUCCUGCCUACCUUCUACCAAGAACCCUGCGUACAGUGAUUUCCAUGGACCUGCUCCAGCUCUCCACAGGCACCUGUGCUCCGGUAAUUUGCUGAGCCUUCAGUUGUUUCCUGGAGACAAGAGAGGCCACCUGUGCAGGCAGCACAGGAAUAUGUGGAUUCGUAACACUGCAAGCAAAUGCAUGUUGCAGGUAUUGUUUGGAUCCCACAAAGUUCUGGAAAAGCCAUUUAUAGCGGCCGUCGCUGCUCCAACAAAGCUGUUGCCACAGGACUUCCAAGUGGUUCAAAAUGCUGCAUUGUUUGCUUCUGUAAGAGAAGAUGAAAACGACAGACUUCAACAAUAAAACAAAGUGUUAAGAAAUUGACAGUGGCAACGAGGAAUCAUUUUAUCUAUUUUGUUUAAAAUAACUUCAGCACUCACAAAAGCCACAAAGCUACAAAUUUCGUCAGCUAUAUAAUGUCCAAAGUACAUUAUCUGCGCUUUGAGUUCCCCCCUUAUAUUUUCUGAAGAACUUUCAGAAGUUCAUUUCUUUCACAGAUAAGACUAGAAAAGCCUUCUGAAAUAAAGCUGGUAAUUUUCUUGGUUCUAAAGAGGUGUUAUUAACUUUAAAUCAGAGUGCAGCGUUAAAAUCUUGCCAGGUAUUCAGUACUGGAUAAUGACUGUGGCUACGCUGGUGUGAAUUAAUAAACACUCAGUAGAAUAAAACAGAGAGAUGUCGAUAAA